UCUCUCUCCCCUCUCUCUCUCUCUUCAUUCAAAGCCUCUUAAACUUUUUCCGUGUUUUUGACUAAUCCCACAUUCAUCACACGCUCCUCCAUAUAAAUAACACCACCACACCCCUCUCAUCAUUUCAUUCCAAAACUCUCAAACCAUCACAAACUCAAUUCUCCAAUCAAAUAACAAAUAAUCCUUCUUUAUCUUCCAUCUGGUCUCUGUAUUCAUCUGUUCGCAACUGCAACUGCAGAGAUUAAUCAUCUGAAUAUCUGACAGUUAGAUUCUUUUAUCUAUUACAAGAAAUGAAUCACGAUGAGAUUGAUGUUCCUACCUAUUUUCUCUGUCCCAUUUCAUUAGAAAUCAUGAAGGAUCCGGUAACAGUUUCAACCGGCAUAACCUACGACAGAGAAAGCAUCGAAAAAUGGCUAUUCUCUAAGAAGAACAAAACAUGUCCGAUCACAAAACAACAGCUAUCAGAUUACACUGAUCUAACACCAAACCACACACUUCGAAGACUCAUUCAAGCUUGGUGUACACUAAACGCUUCACAAGGAAUCGAAAGGAUCCCAACUCCGAAACCACCGAUCAACAAAAUCCAAAUCGCGAAACUCAUCAAAGAAGCUUCUCACUCAAAUCUCACCAUUCAGAUUAAAUCUCUCAAAAAACUUAAAUCAUUUGCUUCUGGUAGUGAAACAAAUAAACGCUGCAUGGAAGAUGCUGGUGCGGUUGAGUUCUUAGCUUCUAUUGUGAUAAACAAUAGUUCCAACAUCGAUUCCGCGUCUUUAUUAAUAUCAGAAACUAACGUUAAUCCCGCUGAUGAAGCAUUAAGUAUACUUCAUAACCUUCAUGUAUCUGAAGCUGGAUUGAAGAAUCUACUCGCUUUCAAAAACGGCGAAUUCAUCGGCUCGUUAACGAAAGUUAUGCAGAAAGGUUUCUUCGAAUCAAGAGCUUAUGCAGUAUUUUUACUAAAAUCAAUGUCAGAAGUAGCUGAACCAGUGCAGUUACUACAUCAAAACACCGAGUUAUUCGUCGAACUGGUGCAAGUUUUGAAGGAUCAAAUAUCACAAAAGGUAUCAAAAGCGGCACUUCAGACACUAAUCCAUCUCUGUCCAUUUGGAAGAAACCGAAUCAAAGGUGUUGAAGCAGGAACAGUUCCUGUCUUAAUCGAACUUCUGUUGGAGAAUUGCAAAGACAGAAAACCAAAUGAAAUGAUGUUGGUUUUGUUGGAGUGUCUCUGUCAGUGUGCUGAAGGAAGAGCUGAACUUCUGAGACAUGGAGCAGGAAUGGCUGUUGUUUCGAAGAAGAUUCUUAGGGUUUCGUCGGUCGCGAACGAUAGAGCUGUUCGGAUUCUGUUGUCUGUUUCAAGAUUCUCUGCAACUCAUAAUGUUGUUCAAGAAAUGCUUAAGCUUGGUGUUGUUGCUAAACUGUGUUUGGUUCUUCAAGUUGAUUGUGGAAGCAAGACUAAGGAGAAAGCUAGGGAGAUUCUUAAGAUGCAUGCUAGGGUUUGGAGAGAUUCUCCAUGCAUACCUAGUAAUUUGCUUUCUUCAUACCCUAAUUAUAUCUGAAAUUAAUUACUAUGAUUAUUAGAUGGAAAAUUAAAUUUUGAUUUGGAAUAUUUUAUCAAUUAUGUACAAAGUUAGAUGGAAAAUACAAUAUUUAGGAAUGAAUGAUAUAGUUAGGUUAUUUGGAUAGCAAAAUAGCAUUGAGUACACACUGUGCAAGAAAUUAUUGACACAGAUUAUUUUUCUUAUGAUUAUUUAUACUUUAUGCCAAUUUAAGAAAAUGGAAUCUCUUAUUUAUUUCUC